AUGGACCGCCGGCGCGUCGCGACGCCGCCGCUGUUCCGCGCGGCCGCGGCGCUGCUCCUCGCGUCCGCGCACGUCGCGCCCCUCCUCCCGGGCGCGGACGCCGCCAAGCCCGUCAAGCAGGUGGAAUACUGCGACGGCCAAGCCACUGCGGCCAGGCUCGGGUUCGGCUACGAGUGCCCGGAGCACGCGAUCGAUCCGAGCUUCAACUCCGAGACCGAUCCCGCGGAUUCGUGCGAGGCGAUUCAGCGCCUCUACCCGCCCGCGCCCGACGCGCCCUACUGGUUCUACAACACCGCGAGGAAGUGCCUCAACGAUCCGUGGACCCGCGUCGAAGAUGCCACGCUCAUCCCACAUUCCUCGGUUCCCAACCCCGCGGGCGUGAGAUACCAGCUUUCGUGGGGCGGCGGUGAGUACCAGUACAACGACACAGACUCUGGGAACAUGUACAAAACCCCGAACGCCACCUACGAGUCCCUGACGGACGGACGCGGCGCGUGGGGUAGCGACGAACCCGUGUGGCGCAGCGGGGACACCGGCGACGCCGCAUGGCUCCAGGCUGACUUUGGAGAGAACGUCACGGUGAAUGAGAUUUGGGUAGCGAGCGGCCGCGACGAGGUUUGGGGAACCUGCGGCGACUACUCCGCGACUGAAUACUACGUGAACGCGUCCGUCGAUUGCACCGAGGGAUCGUUCAUUCAAAUCGGCAGCCUCGGACACGUCUCGGCGCCCAAUCACACCGUGGGUGCCCCGCCGGAGCCUCGAUGGCCGGCGGGCGCCGACGAGGUCACCGCUCGAUGUUUUCGAAUGUAUCCGUCGGGCGCCGCGAACGGAACGGACGCCGACAAGUCGUGGGGGUGCCUCGGGGAGUUUCGCAUGGAGUACCGCGACGACACGCCGGCGACGUGCGAGUGCGAGAGCGGCGCGUGCAUCUGGGGCGAGGAGGCGACGCCGCGCGUCGAGGGCGGGCCGGCGAAUCGGGGUCCGGUGGGGAGAUACGUCAGGGUCAUUUCGCCCGGCCCUGGAGCUGCUUUGGAGCAGCAGUUUACAUUCAUUCCUAACAGGCAUUGUGGAGGGAACGAAUAUUCCCGCAAAUCAUUGAAGGAUUGCGCGACCAUGUGCGCCGAAGAUCCGGGUUGCGUCUCUUUCUCAGCGCAUACAGAUCUCGGCCAAGAUUGGACGUCGACUUCGACAGCAAGGUGCCUUGUAUCAUAUGGAACAUGCACCGGGGGCUCGCCAGACGGGUAUCUCAACCUUUUCAUAAAACGACUAACCCCCGCCGCUAUCGAAUUGGACGGACACUUCAUCGCGUGGAACGUGGAGUCACUCGAGCGCUUCGACCAGUCGGGGAUGCCCGAGGAUCUCCAGCUGGCGGUGGGCGCUACGGCGUCAUCCGUCACCGGCGUCGGCGCGUACCCCGCGUGCUACGCGUACGAUUGGGACGGCGUCGAUCCAGCCGAGCGACACGACGCGUGCGACGUGAACGUGUGGAAUUUGAACUCUCUGAACGAUCCGUACGUGGCGACGGACGAAAAGGCGCCGCCGUUGACCCCAGAGUGGGUCGAACUCGACCUCGGCGAGGAAAAGGUCGUCGACGGGCUGCACAUCAAGUUUUCGGAUGAAGACAGCGAUGCGUCGAGCUCGAACAACGUCACCUUCUACUCGAUCCCGUAUUUCGAGAUUCUAGACGAGAACCGCGACCGGGUGUACGUGAGCACGCAGCGAUGCAACGAGAAGAACUGCGUGUUGGACCUGACCGACGGACCGGACGCUCACCCGCGAGACGCGGGACACGAUCGGCUCAGCGACACGUCCUUCGUCCCGUACGACUACUCCGGUUUGUUCUACGGCGGCAGAAGCACAAGCUGCGCGUCUUUACCCGACGGAGGGGUGACCCAGUGCAAGGCUGAGUGCGACUGCACGUUUGACUCCGGCUGUACGAAAGGAAGCGGCGGCGUGUGCGGAUACGACUGCACGGGCGCGUGCCAUUGCGGUUGCGCGGGCGGUGGCGGUUGGGCGAAUGCCGGUACCCUGGAGGUCUGCCACGCCUACUGCGAUCUCGCUUACGUUCACAACGGAGACAAGACGGCGGCGACCGCGGCGGCGGCCGCGGUGACUAGAUUGAGCCGGGAACAGGCUUUUGAUUGGGAUCUGGUCGUCGCGCAUCACAGCAAAUGGAGGAACGAAAUAGUGAUCCCGCCGUACUACACUGUGAGCCUGGUGGCGACCAUCGGCGAGUCCCUCGCGGCUGGCAACGCGGUGAAAUCGGAGGAGUUUCCCUUGGGUUCCACCGCCGCCUCGGUGAAUUGCUCGGACGAGGGCUUCGGGAUUGACAAGAACAACCGAACCUUCGCGCCGGAUGCGAAGACCAAGGCGUGUUGGUGCCGGACCCGCGGUCUGCCCGUGACCAAGCGAUGGUGCGACAUGAGAUCGGAUCCGGCGGAGUCGAACUUCGACCCGCCCGACCUCGAGGACCCUUCCUGCACUUCGGUGAAGGUCAACGGGUACAGCCUGCGCAAAGAUCAAGACGGCUGGAUCCUGAUCGCGGCGUACAAUCACCAAGCGGGCACCAACCCAUCUGCGGUGCCGGGUGUCAUUCCGGAGUCGCCCACGGAGGGCUUCUCUCACGUCUGGCCCGGCACGGACAUUGGACUGACCGCCUCGGACAUCGCCGAGGUUCGGUUCUAUUGCCACACCAGCAAUCACGACCGCGUGAUGCACUUCUCGGUGAACAACGACUGGGUCAAGACGGCCAUCUUGACUGGAAGCCUCUCGGGUAACUCAGUAUCGUACUGGAACUCGGGCACCACAAAGCUCGCGGGGCACACGGCGAACCUCCCGGAUUCCACAAGCCAUGUCAACACAGACAGUGAUGUCAACAAUUUCUUUUCGGGCAUUUCAUUCUGGGAAUGGGGUGCUAGUCAUUGGAGGUUGCUACCCAACUGGGAAUGCGACGAUGCCGGCUUUUUCUCUGCUCACGACACCUUGCAUCAGGUCUGGAUCAAGCUGGCGCGAUAG